AUGAUAACACGUUAUGUCAUUGGAAAGGUGAAGGAAAGAAUCAGUGAGAAUAACAAGAAGAAUCUAGAGGAUACCUUUGCACGUUCCCGAAAGCAAUUUCUUGAAGAAAAGGAACAAGCCAAGUCAAAAAGCAAAAAGAAUGACAAGUCAAUUGUCAAGAAGAAGGAACAGGCUGAUGUUUCAAUUAUCGGAUCAAUUGAUUCUGCAUUGAAAGGAGCAUGUUUUCCUGAUCCUGAUCCAAAGUUGAAUGCUAAUGUUUAUGUUGAUGAUGUUGCACGUUUAAAUAUGACAAAUGUCAAACGUGUUUUUCAUGUCAGAAAUGAGCAAGAUAUUCAAAGAGUUUUUGAGUAUGCAAGAAGAAUGAACUUUAAAGUAUCAAUGAGAGGUACCCAACACUGCAUGGGUGGUCAUACCAUUGCCAAAGAUGGUUUAGUUAUAGACACACGUAAAUUACUAAAAAUGGAAUUUGAUUCUCAAAGUGAAACUGUUAGAGUUGGAGCUGGUGUAAGAUGGAGUGAUUUGAUUUUCUAUUUGAAUCAGUUUGGUAUGUCUCCUCACACAAUGCAGAGUUAUUCAACUUUUAGUGUGAGUGGAACUGUCAGUUGUAAUGCUCAUGGAAUUACAACUGAUUUAUGUUCACAUGAAAGUGUAUUAGAAAUGAGAGUGGUGAUGUGGGAUGGAAGAAUUGAGACGUGCACUCCAGAUUCUGAAUUAUUCAAGUGUUGCAUUGGUGGUUUUGGAAUGUUUGGUUUCAUUAGUGAACUCGUGUUAAAAUGUGUUCCAAAUCAUCAAAUAUUUAUGGAAAUGAUUCAAUGCAAGGCAAAUGAUUUCUUGGAUUUUUAUGAGAGAAUUCUGCAGGAUCCACAAAAUGAUAUUAAUAUCAAAUUGGCUCGUUUGGAUAUUUCCAAUUUUAAUGAUAUUAACAUUUUUGUGUUUAGAAAGAAUUCAGAUAGAAAAACUGUUUCAGAUUUGCCACUCCAUCCAAAGACAAUGUCCAUCCAAAGUCAAAUCAUUUACAAGUGGUUAGCUCCAAGUGCAGGUUCUAUUCGUUAUUCAGUUGAACGUUUAACAGGAAGACCAGCUGAUUGGUCUGUCGUUAAUGAUAGAAAUUUACUCAUGUACGAAACUUCGACUCCUCUGGCUAAACUUUAUUCUCCUCUAUUCGAUGUGAAUGAUACAUUCAUUUUACAGGAAUACUUUGUACCACAUUCUAAAUUCCAGGAAUGGAUCAUGAGUGCUUCAAAAAUCAUUCAAUCUCAUCCAUCUCAUCUCAAACAAUUCACACUUCUCAAUAUCACCAUUCGUUAUGUAAAGAAAGAUAAUUGUACAUUCCUUCCGUAUGGUAGACAUGAUGAGGGAUCAUUUGCAUUCGUAUUGUACUAUAGAAUGAAGUGUACUGAUGAGGCAGAUAGAGAAUUGGCAACACUUCAUAAUGAUCUAGUUGAGGCCACUUUGAAAUUGAAUGGCAUCUUUUAUUUACCUUACAGACAUCAUUACAGUGAUGAACAGUUGAAGAAAGCUUAUCCAAUGAUUGAUGAUUUCUUUAAACUCAAAGCUAAAUAUGAUCCUCGUGGAAUGUUUGAUUCAUUGUGGUUUAAUAGAUAUGGUAAACAGUAUUUUGAAAAGUAUGCGAAUGAAAAUUCUGAUCACUCCAUUGGUCAAUCAACUGCAGAUUUAGUUGGUAAUAAUAAGGAAGCAAUAACAGAGCUAAUUAAAUCAGUUGAAACCAGACGAAAUGAUUCUUACCGUAAGGUAUUCAAUAAUCCACAAUUGAGGAAGCAAUUUUAUGAGGCAUUCCUUGAACAAAUUUUCAAUGUCGAAAGCAAAGCAACCUUGGAAAAUGUAAUCUCAUCAGCCAUGUGGAAUAUCAAGUGCCAAGACGAUAGUGAUAUCUACUCUUUCAUUUUACAAAAAUUGUCAAAACAAGGAUUAGUUUCAAAUGUUUUGAAAUUAUGGAGAGGAUCCAAUCAAAACAGAAGUCAAAAGAAGGAACUAUUGAGAGAAACUUCAUCCAUUCUAUCUAAAAUUGGAAAGAUGGGAUCGAUUAGAGAUUAUGUCUCAAUUGGUGAUAGUGGUAAAAUGGUUUUGGCUUUUAAGGAAUGUCUUGGAAUUGAUGGAAAUAUCCACAUUGUCAAUGAUAAUGAACCAUCUGAUGAAAAUAUGGGUGUUUAUAUGGAGAGAGGUUCUUUGAAACCUGUUGGAAAGUUUGUGAAAUUGAACUAUUCUUGCCUUGAUUUAGAAAGUUCAUCGGCUGACAUGGUUACAAUGAAUCAAGGUCUCCAUCACAUUCCACCUCAACAUUUGCAAUCUUUCCUUAAGGAAGUUUUCAGAAUUUUGAGACCUGGAGGUAUCUUUAUUGUGAGAGAACACGAUGCCACUCCAGAGCUCAAACCACUUCUUGACAUAGCCCACAGUGUCUUUAAUGCAGUGAUGAAUGUUGACAUUCUCGAUGAGAGAAAUGAAGUCAGAGCAUUCAGAUCCAUCUUGGAAUGGCGUACAAUUGUAGAAUCUGUUGGAUUUUUAGAUACAAUGAUUUAUGAGAUGGAACACGGAGAUCCAACUCUAGAUGAGAUGAUGGCUUUUUGUAAGUGUUCUGAUCUCUCUCAAAUUUCAGAGGAAUCUACUUCAGCCAAAUCAACAAAUCAAUCUUCACUGCCACCAAAACAACUCAAGACAGCUCCUGAAGGAAGUACUUCAAUGGGAAUCGCUCUCACCAUUGAUGCACUACUUGCCAAAGUUCCAAACUUUGUGAUUGAAUUUUUCAGAAAGUUUGUCUCUUGGAUUUUAGGAUGGUUCAAAAAGAUUCCAGGAUUGAUUGAAGAUUUGAAUCUAUCCUCGAUGGUAAAACCAUUCAUUGAUCAGAUAUUGAAUGAAUAUUGUAAACCAAUUGAGGAAUUCUUGGAAAAAUUGGUUCCUCUCCUAUUGGAUGUGAAAAUUAAGGAAGAUGGUUUGGAAAUUAUUCCACCAGAAUUAUUCCUCCUCAUUGAAGGUUUGUAUAGGAAGAAGAAUAGAAGUGCUGUCGAAUCAUUAAUUGUUGUGAUUAUUGACUCAAUCACUGGAUUGGUUCAAGAAAGAAACGAAUCAUCCAACAAGAAUGAAACUAUAACAAUUCCUUCAAAGGAUGAUGUUGAUGUGAAGGAAGUUACUGAAUUAAUGAAAAAGCUAUUCGAAAGAAUGCCAGAUUUGCUGAGUGAGGAUAAAUUGAAAAGGGGUGGAUUAGGAAAUAUCACACCAUUUGUUAAGGCCAUCGCCAUGAUGACUCCAGAAGAAAUGGCUCCUAAAUUAGUUUCCUUCCUCGAUAUAAUUUCAUGGAGUUUAAUGAAAGAGCCACUCCUUGAGAUUAUUGAAAGUAAGAAGGAGAUUCCACUCUCGAUGGAUAACAUUUGCAAAGUUGGAAAUCCUUGGAACAGAUGCGCUUCUGCCUUCCUCAGUUCUCCAAAUGUAAAGUUAAACAAGUAUAGUGAAAUUGGAUGGUGGGCUCUUGGAUUAACUCCAAUUCUCAAUUUGUGGAAAGAAGCUCAACAAGAAAGAUGUAAACAAAAUGAAAAGAAUAGACCAACAAGAGGAAUAGUCGAUCAGCUGAGCACUUCUGCUGAAACUAUGCUCGAAUCAGCUGUAGGCCUCUCAUUCAUGACUGGAGAUCAAUCCCAGCUCUCUAAUUACCUUAAGGAGACAAACAUUCUUAAAGUGAGUGAAGCUAAUACCAAUGUGGAAUUUAAUUGGUACAAAUUGGUGGAAUGGUUACAAGUGGAUUAUGUUCAAACAUUUGGAAAAUUCAUGGAAAAUACACCAUGGUACAGAUUUCCAUUUAUUGAAUUCUUAAGAGUUUAUUUCCAAACUCUAUAUGAAGAAUUCAAAAUUAUCAACUCUGAAUAUGGAUUUGAUAAAUCACUCAUGAGCUCUGCAUUUUUCACUGAUUUGAUUCCAGGAGUUGCCAUGACUGUUUUGAUGGGACAAAUGCAAGCUCUUGCCAUUCCUCUCAAAAUGGGCUUGGGUGAAACAGCUUCCAAAGAGGUUGUUUCUGGACAAGUUGAAACUAUUCUAAUCACUCUCGUUGAUGAUAAUCCAAUGACAUUUGUUUCAAUUGACGACAGAAUUAUUUUUGAAACCAUUGUUCCAGGUCUAUUCCAAAUCACUGUACCAACCUACAAACCAUUCUCAGAUAUUAUCAUGAAAUUGGCAAGACAACUUCCAGAAUCCAGUAGAAUUUUGGCCAUUUCUCAUCAUGAACAGAUUCAACUUAGAGUCAAAACUCCAAGCAAAGAGGAAGUUCAUAAAAUGGCUUCCCUUGAAGGUUGCAAUGUUAAAUUCACCUUUGAAUUGCCAACGGAUGGCACUGAACAAUAUUCACCUUCAAUUUAUUCAUCUGUCGAAGUGAAAACUAUUCAUUUAUUACAAUUUAUUAGAACAUGUAAUGAGCUUUCAUUUGAAAUUAUUCAAAUUUUUGAUUUCUGUUCUGUUUAAAAUAAUGCUCUAUAUAUCAAUUGAAUCACUAAUACCCUCCGAUCUAACUAAAGAGGUUGGUUUGAAAUUACUUUUCAAAUAUGCUUGAUAUUGUUCACAGAAUUUACGAUCAUUUUCUCUAUCAAAAUCAUAAUCCAAUUCAUUUCUCAUUAAUUUCAAAAAAUCUAAAGGAAUAUAGGUAAUUUUGAAUUCUGCAAUCUUUAAGAUGGACGCGUCUGACUUCAUUGAGUAGAUGUGAAUAAAUACCUGAGUUGGAUUUG